GGAGAGGUGGUAUGGGGGAGGGAGAAGCACAGAGAUGGAUCUGGUUUAGUAAUGGAAAUCAUUCGUGGGAAGCGGUAAGGUUGCACACAGUGUGGAAAGCAGGAUCAGGAGGACACAGGACUCACCACCAUGGAUGUGGAGGAGUAAGUGAUGCAGCUUCGUUCAUGACCUGUGGGGAAAUGACUGUAAUCCCGCCGCUCAGUGCGUAUACAUGCACUCGCACUGCUGUGCCUGCUACACGUCGCUAGGAAUGGGUGAUCGCUGUUACCACGACUCAUUUAUUCUAUGCUACAUAGACACAUGUCUUGCACACAUGCAUCUCUGCAUUUAUGACUGUUUGUGCUGGCAGAGAAGACUGAGUCCCCGGUGACAUUCUGUUGAUACAAGACGAAACGUCAUGGGUUCAACAUACUGGAUAUCAUUAAACUUCAUUUUCUUGGCUUGUCUACACAUGAACCUCCAGGAGGUAGCACCAACUGAAAAUCUUCAAUGGGCAGAUGCACAACAUUCUGUCUCGACAGCAGGUAUUGUGCCAGAGAGAGAGUAUUCUUCUACACUGCCAUCUGCAUGGCUUCAUAGUAAUGAAGCACCAUUUUUGGAUGAAAGCCAAACAGACCUGCAUGUGUUGCUUGAUACAUCCAAUACAGUGUCCACUAUAGAAUCAGACCAGCUUCAGAAUGAUAUGUUGCUUUUUGACAAAAACUUGGUAGAUAAUGACCAUGUACAGACAACCACUGCCAAUUAUGAACUAACUGACCAAUAUCUGACUGAGGUUGCUAUUGAAGAACCGCCAACUGUGCCUCUUAUGACAGAAUCUCAGUUAUCAGUAUCUGAAUGGCCCGAAAUAUCUUCACCAUUCUCUACAUAUACCUUUACCACUGCCUUCAAGUCUUCACCAGAGCCUACUCAUGAGAUAGAAUCCAACUUGAACAAAACAUCUCACCCUUUUUUUGAAGGUGAUAGUAUACAGCCCAUACAUACAACGGCUUUGAACCAUUUGUCUCUUCAAAAUGUUGUGUCUGCGAGCCCAUCACUGCCAUAUAGCUUGGAGCAAACAGUCACUGACCACCAGACACCUGAAGAUAAUCACACAAAGAUAUUAUCUUUGGAACUGCCCAAAAAGGACCAAAAUACCAGUGAAAUACUAGCUGCUGCAGACACCACAAGUGUUAUAUUUCAGAUAGUUCCCGAAGAACUUUUGGAAAAUUCAGCAGAGGAAGACCAGUAUCGGACAUAUGAGGGAAUAUCCAGCUUACCAUCAGCAGUGGCAGAAAACAUCACUGAUCCUGGUUUUAUUUCACAUGGCUCAACAUCACCAACUGAUUCCUCUUCAUGGGACUGCCACCACUCUACUUUUGAGAAAUGUGACUUCAGCAUGACACAGAGGCCAACUGCUCUUGAAAUAAACCCCACUCUUAAUGGAUAUACGCCUCUUCUUUCUUCUCCUCCAAUAUUUAUUACUCUGCAUGCUGAUUGGAAUACGUCUGUGGCUGACUGGGGUGUGGCCUGGGAAGCCCUCGUAUAUGGCUCUGUGGGCCUUUAUGGAUCAGUGGCUCUGCUGGCUUUACUGUCUAUUUUUUGUCUUGUGUUUAGAUGCCCAUCCGGUGGUUUUUAUUUCUCAAUAUUACAUCUGCUAUUGAUAUCUUUAGGCAGCAGCCGAGCUUUUACCCUUUUUUAUGAUGCAUAUGGCCACCGAGAUCGUCUCCCAGUUUUCACUGCUUUGCUACUGCAUGACCUGGCCUUCCCUUGUAUGACCUCAAGUUUCAGUAUUGUCUUCCUAUUGCUGUGUUCAAGAUGCCGCCUUCAACAAUCAACACCAAGCUUCACACGGAUCUGCAUCUUUACUUCAGCAGCUUUUCUUCACUUUAUCACCACUGGAGGAGCAGUUGUAGUUGUUGACCUUUUACAUCAGUUCCCCUUCCUUCUUCUGGUGUCCCGGGGAGUCUAUGUGGUAUUAACUGUACUCCUUUCUCUAUGCUUCUUCAUUUUUUGUUGCAUAGCAAGGACACAAAACACUCAAAUCUAUGACCUCAAGAGCUCUGCUCCUCCUACAGAAUAUACCAGUGGCUGCCCUUUCACUAGCGUAAAAGAUUGGAGCCGAGCAACUUACAUUGUUCUGUUGUCUGCUUGUUUUGGUCUUCUGAAUGCCGGGCUUCAAACUUAUGCAGUGCUCUAUGCCAUGGGCUAUGGUGGGUCCAUUGUUUUUGGGCCCUGGCCCUGGUGGGCUUUCCAGUUAAGCUCAAGUCUUUGUGAAGUGGGCAUCUGUCUACCCCUUGCACUCAUAGGGGCCUACCCAAUUUUUUGUGCCAAUGAGAUGGGGAGAACCAACUGUUGGACCCAGUUAUUCCGGCUUUCCCCCGGCCAUGUGACAAUGAAGGCACCUAUUUUACAGACCAACUCCCAGUGGGCUUCCUCUCAACAUGAGAAGUUGCUGAUUUGUGACACCAUUGCUAGGAGUGACUCAGAGUUCUUUCCACUAUACACCCUAGUAGAAAAACGCUUAAGUCAUGAAGAAGACCUGAGCCUAAUUUACCACAGCAGCAAAAGCCUUGAGGUUCAAGGUUUAAGCCUUCAUCCUGUUUCCAAAACACCAUCAUUUAUCAGUGUCCAAAUGGACAGUGACUCCACAGUUGACUUUCGGCCUCCAUCUCCAAUCAACCUGCGCCGCAGCAUUGAUGAGGCACUCUUCAGUGAAGCUUUGAUACCCAAGAGUCUUUUCCAUGGCACUACCUUGUCCAGUAGCCUUUCCCUCACCGUCAAAAGUGCCACACUGCUGGAAGACUGUGUCUUUAUAGAAAAGGCAGCUGACCGAGGGCUUUACCGGACUUCUUCCUGCAUGGAGAUUGAAACAGGUCUGCCAACAAUUCAACCCAUACCGAGUACUAGCAGGCAUGACACUCCAGCAUCCUCUUCUCCAGGGAUAUGGAGGGGAGAACAAAGCACAGCUAGUUCUCUGUGUAAAAUGUCACUGGAUGGAUCAUCCUUGGUGCUUUGUUCCAGCCCUGAACAUAUCACAUCCUGCCCUGAAGGAAAGCAGGAGCCUGAAUGGAAAUCAAAGGCGGUAUAUCACACACUGACUCCACCAUCUCAGGAGUCAUUGGAUGUUACUGCACAACCAGGAAGUAAUUUAAGAGAAGAUUUGAUAGAUGUUUUUGGACCAAUAGAUGCUCUGAGUGUUUGCAGUGACACCAUUGACUUGUAAAUUAAAUUAAGAAAUAUAUUAUAGGAGAGGGAUAAUUCCAACAACAAAUAGUUUAAUGACCCUGUUGCUGCUUGCUGGAAACUGUCAAAAAGAAAUCUCACAUAUGAUGCACAUAUAUUGGGCAGAUGUGGUUAUUGUUUGUUUAAAUAUGGGAGUUUUAUUGAUCCUAGUAAAUGAUUAGAAAAUGUAUCUAGAUUGCACCCUACAUAUUUUAUAUAUUUAAUCAUUAAAAACUUACAUCUUUACUUUA